AAAAAGUUAUUUCGCAAAAAGUUCAGUGUGGUGAAAAGGGAACAACCAAAAUAUUGACAGAGAAAGUGAUUUUUUCACAAUUUCCCAGUUAAUUUUCCAUCACUAAACCAUGACUGAUGAUGUAAAGAAGUUUUUCACGGGCCUCCUGCACAAAGUCUCCGGAUUGCAUUGUAUCGCGAUUACCGAUAGAGAUGGAGUUCUAGUCACUGUAACUGGUGAUCGGGUGCCUGAACCAGCCCUGAAAGCCCCAUUCCUCUCCACUUUCACAAAUGCCACAGAUCAGGCGAGCAAAUUGGGACUGGGAAAGAACAAAAAUAUUAUCUGCAUGUACUCCAAUUAUCAGAUUGUCCAGAUGAACAAACUUCCUCUAAUUGUAACCUUUAUUGGAAAUCAAAACUGCAAUGUUGGCCACAUUCUGGCCAUUGAAAAUCAAAUUGAUGCCUACUUGGAUGAGAUAAAGCAAGCUGUUACGGAAUCUUGAUUGGGAAUUAAGUGUAAAUAAAUACAAUUAAAAAUAAAGUUUUUAAAACUGUU